CAGAUGCCCUGCUCAAGUCAUGAUGGAUAUACGUGCCCCAACAACAAAUUGGACAUGGAAUGAUUGAUCUCGCAUUGUUGCAUGAACCGUCCAAGGGGCAUUACACCUCCAUUAAAGCAUGCAGAGCAUCAUGCAUCCUGAACUGUGCCCGCGCCAUACCUCAGGCGAGCCGAUGUAUGUGCAUCAAAAAAGGAAGAAUAGGCCAGAUAGACUGUCCGUGUUGGAAGGGAAUGACGAUUUAGAUACGGCUUGUGGUUGUAGCUGCAAUGUGUCAAUGUUCUUGCUGAGCGAAGACCGACGUCAUUUCCUCGCGACUCUUUUCGGCUGCGCAGUGCCACAUGCUGAUUGACAUCUGCGCAUUCCUCCAUCUUCCCACUACAUUUUACAUUUGCAGUAGAAGCACGCUUGCAUUGGCAACGCGAAGCCAAGCGUUCUAUGCGGUCCCUUUUCCUGUUCGGCCGCUUCGUGGGCCGACGGGGUUGGGUUCAAUUCGCGUGUCGAGUCCCGCGCCGUCAACAUUCUUAUGGACAAUGGACUCGAAAAUACAGUGUCAAAGACCCUCGUCAACGGCCGGUUUCCGCCCUUCUUGCUGCUGCGGCAGCCCUCUCAUCCGGUGCAUUCGUCGAAAUAAGCGAGCAACAUGAAGAUGGCAAAACAGCUGAGAUGCAGAUGCUCGAGGUGUCGCGUCAGGAAAUCGACAAGAAGGUGCCCGAAGACGCCCGUGGCAUCCGGAGAGUGUACAAAACCAUAGUCUACGUCCUCGAUCAGUACAUCUACGAACCCCUCGCGACCGGCUUACGGUUCUUCUACCUUGCCUUUAUCUUCGUCCCGGUCAUUGUCACGGUCCCUGUUGUGCUUAUUGGAUCUCGAAGGAAGGACCGUGAUGACGAAAGAAGCGGAACGCUAUGGUGGUACGGCUUCUUGGUCACUGCCAUGGAAAGAGCAGGUCCAGCAUUCAUUAAACUUGGACAGUGGGCAGCCUCCCGUUCUGAUAUCUUCCCGGUGGAGAUGUGCAGGAUCAUGUCCACAUUACAUUCCAAUGCUCCGGCUCACUCUCUGCGCCAUACGAAGAAGACAAUUUCGGAAGCAUUUGGAGGUAGAGACUUCGACGACAUCUUCUUGGAGUUUCACGAGAAGCCUCUCGGCGUCGGUGCCAUCGCACAAGUAUACAAGGCGAGAUUGAAGCCCGAUCUGGCACAACCCGACGAUAGUGACCUCGACCUACAUGACAAGCACUGGUUGAGCCACCGGAUUAGAAGGAAUGUUGAUGCUUUUGUCAAGUCGUCACCACAGCGGAUACCCUCAGCAUAUGUUGCUAUCAAGGUUCUUCACCCCAAGGUGGAGAGAAAUGUCCGUCGGGAUCUCAAAAUCAUGGGCGUUUUCGCCGCAAUCAUCAAUGCCAUCCCUACCCUAGAGUGGCUCGAUCUGCCCAAUGAGGUAUCCAACUUUGGUGAAAUGAUGCGAUUGCAGCUCGAUCUUCGAAUUGAAGCUGCCAAUUUGACCAUUUUCCGUAAACACUUUCAGAACCGGACCACGGCAUGGUUCCCUUACCCAUACACGGACUUCACAACUCGCACUGUCUUGGUUGAAGAGUUUGCUCAAGGCAUCCCACUGGAGGCAUUCCUGGAGUCCGGAGGUGGCAUAUUCCAGCAAGAAAUAGCGAAUGAAGGCCUCGACGCAUUCUUGCAUAUGCUCCUGAUAGACAAUUUUGUUCACGCCGACUUGCACCCUGGAAACAUCAUGGUCAACUUUUACAAGCCCACACAACCAGACGUCAAAUUACCCUACAUCUCUAGACAGGACCCUACACAACCAUCGACCACUUCUGAGAUUGAUCAAUCUGAGGCCGUUCUUUCACGACUUCGUCCUCAUGUUGGCAAGAAGGAAGAAUGGCUCGCGGCCCUAACGGAGAUUGACAAAGACGGCUACAGGCCGCAGUUAAUUUUCAUUGACACUGGUCUGGUUACCGAGCUCAACAGCAAGAAUAGGGCAAACUUCUUGGACCUCUUUCGAUCAAUCGCAGAGUUUGACGGCUAUAAGGCUGGUCGCCUCAUGAUCGAACGAUGUCGCCAACCUGAAGCAGUGGUUGAUGGGGAAGUGUUUGCUCUCAAAAUGCAACAUCUAGUACUUGCUGUUAAAGGCCAAACGUUCGCUCUGGGCCAUAUUAAGAUUGGUGAUGUGUUGUCACAGGUAUUGAGCAUGGUCAGAACACAUCAUGUCAGAAUGGAGGGUGAUUUCGUUAAUGUGGUCAUUUCAAUACUUCUCUUGGAGGGCAUCGGCAGGUCGCUCGAUCCCGAUCUCGACCUGUUCAAGAGUGCCUUGCCGAUUUUGCGACAGCUCGGCUCCUCCGAUCCUGGUGCUGUAUUGAGGAACCUCAAGGCAGGCGAUUUCUCAUUGUUGAAGAUUUGGGUUGGUCUGGAAGCCCGGAGGUUCUUCCAAGCCAGUGCCGACAGUGUUGAGAUGUGCGUUAACUACGACUUGUUGAGUGAAAACCGAUAAAGCUGGCAUGCCGUUCAUGGAACCGUUUCGGACCGAGACGACGUAUAAGACAAGGCUGAUUCAAUGC